UCCAUCUGGUGCUCCCUUCCUUGCGCGCCUCGAUCAUACUCAUCUGCCGCCGCCAUGCGCGAGAAGCGGUGGUCUGAUCUCCCGCCGGAUUUGCUCUGCGAGAUCGCCGGCCGCUUGCACGUCGCCACCGACUUCGUCACCUUCCACGCCGUUUGCAGUCCAUGGCGCAGCUCCCGCGACCUGUUGUCCGGGACGGCGGCGGUGCCCCAGCUCCUCCCCUGGUUCCACGCCCUGACGGAGAAACACGGGCAGUCAUCCCCGUUCAAGUUCAUCUGCAUCUUCUCCAAGUCCACCUACCGCGUGCUGCCCCAGCAACGGAGGAACUGGGUGUGCAGCGCCGACGGCGCCACCCUCGGGUACCUGACCAUCAAGCAGCUCCGCCCUACCCUGCACGACCCAAUCACCGGGGCUGUCACCGACCUGCCUCGCUUCUCGCACUGUCCUUGGGAGGAGGAUCCUCGCGGCAUCGUCUACCGCGACGGCUCCACCUUUCUCUACCACAUCUCCCGUGAUGCAAUUCGCCGGUCGACGAUCAGGUUCCGGGCGGCCGCCCUGCGUCCCGGCGACGCAGAGUGGACGCUCGUCGAAAGGACCUUUGAAACCAACGGCAGCCAGACUGAGUUCUGCGCCGCGUACCGUCGCGGCAUGUUCCUGGUCAGCCUGGAGUCUAGCCUCUGGCAUGUCGUCACGCCGGGCCACAGCUUCGAGGUAUCGGUCCCAAGGCCAUGUGUGGAUCCGGACGAGCCCGACUAUCCGGAGAGGUCCAACUACAUCCUAGAGUCCGGCGGCGAGCUGUUGUGGGCGUCAGUCCAGCUUCAGGACAGUAAGACCUUCUUGGUGACGGUGCACGCGCUAGAGGAAGCGACUAUUCCUGUGCGGUGGGUGGAGAAACAAGGCCAUUGCCUGGCUGACCGGGUACUAUUUCUAGGGUCGCCAAAUAGCUUUGCCGUUAAGGCUUCGCUGUUGGGCGGCCAAGGCGGAUGCGCCUACUUCGUCUACCACAACAGUGAGAACGAGACGCCUGAGGAGUCCGGCUUGUUCAGAUACAGUUUCAUCGACGGCAAGGCCGAGCGCAUCCAGCGGCUGCCUCAAGAAUGGGAAGAUCAGAAGUGCACGUGGCUCGUCCCCCAGCCCACCAUUGCUCCAAUUCAGCAAAUAAUUAGGAGGAGGCUGCAGACUCAAAAACCAAAGAAACAGCGAAAGUCUGGUCCAAUCACUACUCCAUCACGCAUCUUCCACAUUGAGAGACACUACGAGCAUUGUUUCAGAGUGUUAGUACAUAGUCUACCACUCAAAGUGAAGAAAUCUGAGCUGCAGCUCUACUUGAGCAAACACGGAAAAGUGUCCAGCGCCGAUAUAAUCUACCACAAGAACACGAAAACCUCCAAGGGCAUCAUCAAAUUGGCGACUAUGCAUGCUCAUGAAGAAGAUGCUCUCGCUGCUCUCCGUGGGCUGGAUUUUCGUAGAUGCGGCCUCGAGGUUAUCUUGGUACUCAACGAGAGGCAGCGACGGCUGCGGCGCAAAGCAGCAUAGCUAGGUAUAGCUUGAUCUUCUAUUCUUCUUGGCCGUUGUAAUCUUGGAAAACAACUCCUUUUGAUAUGUGUACUCUUUCUGCCUUUAUCUUGAAAUUUAGUUCCGUAGAUAAGAUGACCAAAUGGA